AUGGUCACCAAUCUGGAUCAUUAUCAGCUCCUCGGGCUUUCAGAAAAGCGCGAUGGAUCACGCAUCUCGACUGACGAGCUCAGACAAGCAUACAAGCGAGCGCUACUCUCCUACCAUCCAGACAAGCACAAUUCCGAUGGUCGUCGCUCAGGAGAAACGACAGUGACUGUCGACGAAAUCGCUGAAGCCUACAAAGUUCUUGGCGAUGCCACGCUCAGGGCACAAUACGAUCAAAACUUAGCGAAAGCAGGUCUUGACGACGCUCCUGGAGUCAACACUCGACAUACUGGCAUGGAAAUUGUUGACCUCGACGAACUCGACCCAGACGAAGAUGGUGCUGUGUGGAGGCGCCCCUGCCGGUGUGGCAGCGAGCCAGCGUUUGUUGUAACGGAAGCCGAGCUUGAGAAGAACGUCGAAUUUGGGGAGCUCAUCACUGGCUGCAAAGGAUGCAGUCUUUGGCUCAAGGUUAUGUUCACUGUCGAGGAUUGA